CAACGGUAGAGUACGUUGAGAAAACAAUAGAAUUCCCAAGCAUGGAAAAGAGCGCUGAACACAUCGUGGUCAAUGAUAAAGUGAUUAUGUUGAAGAUGGACAAGGGGCUGGACUCAGAAGAGCACAAACACUUUGGAGCCUGUGGUGGAAAUAUAACUGCUUUUAACGGGACUCUGAUCUCUCCAAAUUAUCCCCAUUACUACCCUCCAAAUACCAACUGUGUCUGGAGAAUUAUGGUGCCAGAUCCAAACUUUCAAUUCCGUAUCCAGUUUCCAACUCUGAAGCUGGAAGGUGUGCAGCCAGACUGUGAGAAGGACUGGAUUUCUGUAAAUGGUAUACGCUACUGUGGUGAACACGACAGGACCGUAGUGGUUCCCAGUGCAUCCAGCACCCUUACCGUGAAGUUUCAUACAGAUGCUUCUGUCAGCAGUGUUGGAUUUCGUGCUGAAUACAGCAGCUUCAAUCCUGCAGGAGAAUGCCAAGGAAUGCACACUUGUGGGGAUGGGAGAUGUGAGCUCAUGAGCAACAAGUGCGAUGGCUGGGUUCAUUGUAAAGAUCGAAGUGAUGAGCUGAACUGUGUGUGCACGUCGGACCAGUUUAGAUGUCAGAAUAACAUGUGCAAGCCCUUAAUAUGGGUCUGUGAUGGAGUUGAUGACUGUGAAGAUAUGAGCGAUGAAGCCAAUUGUGAUUGUGCUGCCGGAUUCUUUGCAUGCCACCGAAACAGUUGCAUGCCCAUUAGUGCCUUAUGUGACGGAAACAUUGACUGUCCUCAUGGCAUGGAUGAGGCCGAUUGCGAAAAAAUAGAUGUGAAUUGUACAACUAACACGUACAAAUGUGCUGAUGGAAAAUGUAUUGUCAAGCCCAAUGCAGAAUGCGAUAAGGUGCAGGAUUGUUUAGAUUUAAGUGACGAACUUGAUUGUGACUGUGGAAACCAGCUAGCCAUUAGAAGACGGAUUGUCAAUGGUAAUGAUGCAGUGAUCGGUGAAUGGCCUUGGCAAGUCAGUCUCCACUUUGCGACCUUGGGGCAUACUUGUGGAGCAACUCUGAUAAAUAAUUGGUGGCUUCUGUCUGCCUCACAUUGUUUCCAAAACGCAGAAUCGUACAGGUACUCCGAUCGACAGUUAUGGACUGUGUACAUUGGAAUGCAUUCACUUACCUUUACUGAUUCUGGCAUAGAGAGGCGACUUAUCAAGCGGAUGAUAAUUCAUGAACAAUUUGACAAUAUCACAAUGGAUUAUGAUAUAGCAUUGCUUGAACUUUCAGCACCUGUAAGAUACACUAGUUACAUCCAACCAGUGUGCCUUCCAUCACCUUUACAUGUGUUUCCAGCAAAUCAAAGAUGCUAUGUUACUGGCUGGGGCUUACUACAGGAGGGUGGUCGCCUUCCAGUAAUCCUUCAAAAGGGUGAAGUAAGAAUCAUAAAUCAAACAACAUGUAACAACUUCAUGGGGAAUAUACUAACGUCGCGAAUGUUAUGUGCAGGGUACCUAACUGGAGAAGUUGAUGCAUGUGAGGGUGACUCUGGAGGGCCAUUGGUCUGUGAAGAACUGUCUGGAAAAUGGUUUCAAGCAGGAAUUGUGAGCUGGGGUCAAGGAUGUGGCCGGUAUGGACACCCCGGAGUUUAUACACGGAUCACAAAGUUCCGAGAAUGGAUACACAGGAACAUCGGAAUUGAUGGAAAUACCUGAAAAUUUUUA